CAGACCUCUUGCCGUUGAGCAGGGACAGCGCUUCAACAUCCGCGAGGGUGGCCGCACUGUCGCCACUGGUCUGAUCACUCGCAUUCUCGAGUAAAUUCGACAAUAAAUUGCCACCAUGGUCUCUCGCCAUGCCAACCGGCAACAGCCUCGACCUAGGUCGCCGCUUCGGUCAGGAUACCGGCGGGUUCAUCGAUCAUCGAGGUCACCACGGAGUAUGUUUGACGGGGAUAUCUGUACAAAAAGGGUCACCAAAAGCCACUGUUUUAUUCUCCACUUCUGUCGCAUAUCCGGGUUUGUACUUUUAGCUAUAGUUCUUUCUUUUUUUGGGGGCCAGCAGGGAAUGACAUGUGAUAUUAUCCAACCAUCUUGUGGCGCUCCUGAGUCCUGCUUUAGACGUAUAGACAUGCAGUAAUCAUCAUACGUCCCAGUUGUGACGCUGGACUAUUGAGUCUUGCUCAAAUCCUCUCUCUAUCUGAGUAUCCAGUAGACUGCUACCAAGUGUGAAUGAUGUAUGCCAGCACCCUAAAUUGUCUGAAUCUGACAGGUAGCAUCUCAGUCAUUAUUGCUGGACUA